AUGUUUUUUGAUAAAUGUUCCAGUAAAAAGAAAGGGAAAGGAGGUGACAAAACAGAUAAGGCACGAAGGAUUGCCGAAACUAUGGAAAAAAUCGAAUUCAAAAACUACAUCGAUAAUCUAAAAAAUUUUAAUACGGCAGAUUUCGUGUUAUUAGUUGUAGACGCUCGAAUUCCACUAUCUGGCCACUAUGCGCCAUAUGAUGGACUCCUUGGGGAUCAUCUUCUGAUCGUUAUUAACAAAAUAGAUUUGGCGCCAAGAGAGUCAGUUAUAUCAUGGUUUCAUUUUUUCAACACUAUUACACAUACUUUUGCUAUAUGCGCAGAAAAGUCUAUUGAUCCUAUCAUAGAAUACCUAGAAAAUGCUAAAGAGAAAAAAUCUCAAUUAGAUAUAGUGAUCACAGGAAUAAAUAAUGUGGGAAAGAGAACAAUUCAAUCCAAGCUUAAAGCAGCAAUGAAUAUUUCGCCGAAAAUUACAAAACCUUGGGAUUGGGUUAGACCUUGCUCUGAUUUAGCAGCCAUCGGAGCUAUUCCUGUAUGUGCAAUAGCUGAUAAUCGAAUUGCCCAUGCAAGAGACUUCCUAUCACGUUGCUCCAUCUUUUCAAUUAUGGAAGUGUUUGGAAUUACAUUCUAUAGCGAGCCAGAUGUUGUGCUUCGAAUUAUAGAUCAAAAGAAGACAACAGCACCAUAUGUGCUCUUUGGAAGACUUGCAGAACAGAAAUAUUUAUUUUAUACAGCGUCGCCAUCAAACGUAACAGAGGUAAAGGAUAUAUCAAACUCACAGAAAAGGUCGUUUUAUUACUCCAAGACAAUGGAUCAGCAUCCGUCUCCAUUCAUUUGUCUCGGAUCACCGACACCUGCAACAAUCUUACCACAACUUGUACCUGCUCUUGAGCAGAUGGCAGCUGAGAAGAAUUAG